AUGGGUGAUACAGGAGCUACCGGAGCUUGGGCGAGAGACGCCGCCUCGUGGGCCUCGAUACCGACCGAAUUCUUGCUCGCGGAGCUUUCGAAACGACAUGGCGGUGCGAUGACGAGCGCCGAGGUCGUUGCCGGCGCCAAUGCGACGAAGCCGCAAUGCGGUUCUUCAAAGAAGGAGUCCUACGACACGCCGCUACAUAUCGGUGCCCUGAUAUUGAUCCUGGCAUUGAGCACGAUAUCAUGCGGCAUUCCUCUCCUCCCCCGGCGAACAUCGAAAGGCCGACCUCAGAGUAGGAUCAUCUUUUACUGCCAGCACUUCGGAACCGGCGUCCUGCUCGCAACAUCCUUCGUACAUCUUCUCCCGACAGCCUUUACCUCCCUUACCGAUCCAUGCCUUCCCGACAUCUUCAACAAAGGCUAUCCGCAGACGGCCGGCCUGGUGGCCAUGAUUGCCGCCUUGUCUGUCGUGGCCCUCGAGUCGUAUCUGGCCACCCGCGGAGCUGGCCACUCCCACUCACAUUCGCACGAGUACGAGUACUGGGACGAGGAGGACAACGAAGGCGCAUCGGGUGGAGGCAGGCAGGCGGCUAGCAGUCUAGCCACGCGCAGAGGCGGCUCGCACCGUCCAUCAGACAUCAAUCUCGAUAACAUGGAGUCGACCCAGGGGCUGAUGGCCGGCGCCUCGCCUCUCCCGAGCUCCACGCCGACAAAGGCAAAAGCGAAUUCCCGGCUCGCAAACGAACGCGACAGCUUCGACGACGACGCAUCCGAUAUCGACCUCGACAUCGACGAACUCGAUCCCGCGACUGCCGAGGGGCCCAGGCGCAGAAGCUCAGACGACCGUCCCAAGAUCACGGUCACCCCGGGUGCACCACAAGUCGUCACCGAAGAGGAACAAAGCCGGCUGCUCCGACAAUGUCUGCUCCUCGAGGGCGGCAUUCUCUUCCACAGUGUCUUCAUUGGCAUGGCCAUCUCCGUCGCGACGGGCCCAACUUUCAUUGUCUUCCUCAUCGCCAUCAGCUUUCACCAGACAUUCGAGGGCCUUGCCCUCGGUAGCCGUAUCGCCGCGAUCCAGCUCCCUCGGUCCUCAAUGCGACCCUGGCUCAUGGUUCUUGCUUUUGGAGGCACAACGCCGCUUGGACAACUCAUUGGAUUGAUUGUUCAUAACUUGUACGACCCAAUGAGCCAGACGGGCUUGCUCAUGGUGGGCUUCAUGAAUGCCAUUUCGGCCGGCUUGCUGUUAUUCGCCGGGCUAGUGCAGCUCUUGGCAGAGGACUUUCUUUCAGAAAAGAGUUACAAGAUACUCAACGGCAGGAAGAGGCUGAAUGCGUACCUGGCCGUCAUUGGCGGUGCGUCGCUGAUGGCUAUCGUGGGCGCUUUUGCAUAA